AGCAAGCUCCGUGUCUCGGGACUGCGAAGGGCGGAGCGGCAACAUGGCGUCUCCGGGGUCUGGUGACUCUCUCGAUGCUAAAAGUGGAAAGGCCCCUCUGGCCCAACGCAUCGACCCGACUCAGGAGAAGCUGACUCCCGCGCAGCUGCAAUUCAUGCGGCAGGUGCAGCUCGCCCAGUGGCAGAAGACGCUGCCACAGCGGCGGACCCGAAACAUCGUGACCGGCCUGGGCAUCGGGGCCCUCGUGUUAGCUAUCUAUGGUUACACCUUCUAUUCGGUGUCCCAGGAGCGUUUCCUAGAUGAGCUGGAGGAUGAGGCCAAAGCUGCUCGAGCCCGAGCUGUUGCAAGGGCAUCAGGACCCUGAUCCAGAUGGGCAUCGCACAUCUUCUACCUGCUACAGCCCCUUCACAUGAUGGAUGACCCAUGACCUUGUAGAAAUUGAAGCCUGCUUACAGCUUCGCUGGCCAUCUUACUAAACUUGGACGAUGACUGAGCCCAAGAAGCCAGGGAUUUAUGCAUUUGGCCAUCAUCAAGAGAACACUGCCCACCUCACACUCCCUCUGUGUGGUGGCUGAGCCCUUCUUGUAGUUUGUUUGAAAAGUAUCCAACUUUGGCUUUUCCCAAGCUUUCUGACUUUGUGGUUUAUCCCCUUCACCUCCUGGGGUUUAAGAGAGAGGAGGACAAGAGGUGGGCUGUUAUGGGAGUGGGUGUGGCAGCUCUGUGCAGUAUUGGAGCCUAUAGGAAAGAUGGGGUCAGGUUGAAAAUAAACUUGAGUCCUCUCUUUUGGAGUCA